CUGUGUCAUUAUUUCGUCGUACGCGUUUCUUCUCGACGCAGAGAUACGUACUCGUAUAUUACUUUCGUAUAUACCCUAUACCUACUAUUCUCAUUUCGACAAUUUUUGGCGGCUUUUCUCGUAUUCAUUCGUUGGUUGUUUGGUUCAUCGGGGUUGUAAUGGUGAAAUUAAUGAUAUUGAUACGUGUCGCCGUACAAUUAUGCCGGCGGAAAGGUUUAAAAGGUUAUGGAUGAAAUUUAAAAUACAGUGCAAAGAUGUUACCAGAUGCAUCGCUUAACAUUUGGAACGAAAUAAACGAUAUAUUAUUUAAAAAGAGAGUUCGCAGACUGAAAUAGAUCAUGAAGACUGUAACUUCUAAUUUUAAACUUGAUACUUCCACGAUGUUUUUUUUUCUUUUCUUUUCUUUUUUUUUAUUUCAUUAAGACAGACGUACCCUUUUAACGCACAAUAAAGCACUGAUUAUAUGUCAUCGCACACGAGAGCAGCUAUUUUACGUAUAUGCAAAGAAAGGGCAACUACUACUUACAUUCGGUAUUAUAUUCGCCGACGCAAAAGGAUUAUUUGCUAUUAAUAGGAUUAAAUUGCCGAAAGGGUGGAUAAAUACGUAAAAGGGCAUUAUCACAUGCUUGCUUCAAGCAUGUUUGCAAAGUUGAAAGCUGCCGGUGCGUCUAUUAGUAGCCCUUCAGGUCCGAAUAUUCUAACCACCAAUCCUAUAUCACAGUUUUUCGAUAUUGGCCCACAGAUUUGCACCGCAGGUCCCGAAUUAGUUUGGAAAGUUUUUCAAGCGACGAGAAAAUCUGACGGAAAAGAUGUAUCGAUAUUUGUAUUUGAAAAAAGGCUAAGCGAUCGUCUGCAUAGACCUAGACGGAAAGAUUCCAUCACGGAGAUAAUGAAAAAAAGUGUAAAACAUCUGGAGGUAUACCGGCAACCGAAAUUAAUCUUAACGGUACUACACAGCUUAGAAGAGUGCUCCGAUACGAUUGCUUUUGCUUCCGAACCUAUUUUAGCGAGUUUGGCUAACAUAUUAUCUUUUCAAGUUUAUACAAAUGCUGUUAACUCUGCCAGAACGGAAAAUACGCAACCUAAUAUACCGCGACCGCCUAACGCCAAAGAAUAUAAUUUCAUCGAUUUCGAAAUCAAAUACGGUCUACGACAGAUAGCAGAAGCUUUGGAUUUCCUUUCUACUCAAGUUUACCAUCAUAAUAUAUGCCCUAACAGUAUACUCGUUACCAAACUCGGCAAUUGGAAGCUGGCAGGCAUGGAAUUUUUGAUUCCGACCGACAAAAACGAUCACGUUGCUUGCGGAGCAUGGACCUCGAGAAUGUCGAAACUAGCUCAGCCUGAUCUCGAUUAUAUGGCGCCAGAGGUGCAAAUGAACGGAUACUGCGGAACAUACAGCGAUAUGUUUUCAUUAGGAUUGUUAAUAUUUACAAUAUUUAACAAAGGCCGACCCAUUUUACAAGCUAAUCAUAGUAAUUCAAGCUAUCAAAAGCAAUUAGACAUGCUCGAUGAAAACGUUCAGAAAAAUCUGCAUCGUAUACCAAUGCAACUGCAAGAAAUGGUUGUUAAAAUGCUUUGUCGCGAUACAGCAGCCAGACCGAGCGUGAAAACGUUGCUUAACACGCCAUAUUUUUGUGAUAGAUACGUAGAAACUUUACAAAAUUUGGACGUUAUCAACUUGAAGGAUCCUGUAUCAAAAUCACAAUUUUACCGCAGCACGUUAAAAGAAGCGUUACCGUAUCUGCCACGAAAAAUUUGGUACCAACGAGUUUGGCCGUUUUUGCAAACUGAAAUGCAAACCCCCGAAUCGCUGGCGUCAGCUUUGCAACCAGUCAUGUAUUUAAUCGAAGAAAGUACGCUUGAAGAAUACGAAAAAAUCAUAUUACCAGAGUUUAGAAAACUCCUUCAAGCUCAUCGUUCGAUUCAAGCAACAGUUACGAUAUUAGAAAACUUGCAUAUUAUAUUAGAAAAAACACCUCGCGACGAUAUUCGACGUGAAGUAUUACCAGUUCUGUAUAAAGCGUUCGAAAGCAAUUCUAUACAAAUUCAGAGCGCAGCUUUAACCGCAGUUACAAACGUAUCGAAUCAUCUCGAAGAAGCAGCCAUCAGACGGAUGGUUUUACCAAAGAUGAAAAACGUGUACGAUUGUAACAGCAACGAUGUCCGAGUACUUGGAAAUAUUUUAAACUGCAUCGAGAAAGUGCUGGACCGAUUAGACAAACAGCAAAUCUUAGACGAAGUACUGCCAUUAAUAUGGGAUUUUAAAAUCUACGAUUCCGAUAUGAUAAUCAAAGUUAUUCGUAUUUAUCGUAUUUUAUUAAGUGAUAAAAAAUACGGAUUGACCGUAAAUAUAAUCGCAACAAGCGUGAUGCCAUCAUUAGUACCUCAUACGGUAUGCCCUGCCUUAAACCUGGAGACGUUCACGUUGCUGCUGGAAGUUCUGCAAGAGAUGCUGGAUAUUAUCGAUCGAAACCAAAGAAACAAGCUGAAAUUAGACUCGAUCACGUUACCGAGUCCGGAACGACAUAGGCCACUAAGGCAUCUGUACAGCUCCGAUAAUAUGCACGUUCCGCCGUUCAAUAUUCCUAAUCUGAGAGUCGAGCAGAGGAAAACGUCCAGCGCCGAAGACAUGGCCAGAAAGAAUUCCACUGGUUCUGGUAUUUGCUCCUGGUGGUUCGGUGGCUCGCCGGUAUCGUCCGACAGUAAUUUCCUGCGCGUAAUUAACGCGUUUCCAAACCGUAGAUUAUCGGAUAACACGUUAAUGGCGCCCAAAAUACGUAUAGCGCCGUCUUGCGCCUCUUCUCCGGGUGGCACGCCCGGCGGUAGUACCGGCGGUCUUCCCAUACGUCGUCAUUCCAGCAUCGGACCGCAAGAACGUCGAGGAUCUACCAUUAAUCUAUCGCCUCCGACAGGUUUACGACACUACAAAACAGGCAGCCGAGAUGGCUCCACAUUAUCCGUUCCUUCGGCAUGUCUUGCAAGGAGCAUGAUAGGUGGAAGUAUGCCAAAUACGAGCAGCAGUUCGCCAUAUUUAUGGUCUUCUGGUUUAAACAGAUCUCGUAGACCGUCCACUUGUCUCACCGGUUCUCAAACUGGAUCAGGCAAUCUACUACAUCAGCUCAGCUCCGGCAUGCAAAACUUUUUCGGAGGCAAUAAGUGAAAUAUCAGUAUUCAAUCAUCUUUAAUGAUAUAUUUUUUUCACCAAUUAUUAAUGUUUCUCUUGUUCUAUUGUUCUUUUUUUUCCUUGAUCGUAUAAUCAUUAGAUUCUUCUUCUAAUUGUACCUAUUUGUGUUUUUCCCCCCCUUUGUAUAUAUUUUUAUCUCGUAAACAUUUUACCAUUUACCUAUUUCAAACUUUUUAAUGUUUUGUUUUUUGUUUACCUAUGUUUGUUUUUGUUUUUGUUUUUUUUUUUAGUGAAAACCAAUCAUUACUUAUGUAGGAGAAUUUAUUGAGAAAAAAAAAAGAAAAUUAAAUUACAAUUGUCUUUUAUAAUAACCACGCAUUUGAAUUUUAAAAAAUUUCAACAUUAAAAUAGGUAGAUAUCAACGUGUAUUAAUGAAUUUAGAGAGGAAAAUAAUCGAACAUCUAUUUUGAAUAAUAAUUUGUCUUCCUAUGUGCAAAAAUCAAAGCGCAUAACCCUUUCGAUAAUUUUUUUUCGUUUUGUUCGUUGAUCCCGUAAUACUUUUAUGUAAAAUACACGUUUAUUAUACUUGA